AUGAUGAGAUUCCCCCCCUUGCCAACCGUGAUCGCGCGCAUUCAUGCCCGCGUGCAAGCCUUCCUCGCCGAGACACACCCGCCAGACUCCCUCCUCGCCUCGGUCCAACAGCAAACCCGCACCUCCCUCGGCGUCGUAGCAUCAGCGCUCUCCAAAUAUAAACCCUCGGAACUAUCCCUCUCCUAUAACGGCGGAAAGGACUGUCUUGUCCUUCUGAUCCUGUUCCUAGCAGGUCUACACCCAUACAACACCCACGUGCAAAAUGACGACCCCUCCAACACCCCCAAUACCUCCACCAUCCCAUCCAUCUACGCCCUCCCACCCGACCCCUUCGCCUCAGUCGAAGACUUUGUCAUAACAUCCGCCGAAGCCUAUCACCUCUCUAUAACAAAAUAUACCACCGAACCACCCCACACAACCCUCCGCUCCACUUUCCAAGACUACCUAUCCCGCCACCCCUCUAUCCGCGCUAUAUUCGUCGGCACCCGCCGCACCGACCCGCACGGCGCCCAACUCACACACUUCGACCGGACCGAUUCCGGCUGGCCUGACUUUAUGCGCAUACACCCCGUCAUUGACUGGCAUUAUGCCGAAAUUUGGGCCUUCAUUCGUCAUCUUGGAUUGGAGUAUUGCGCUCUGUAUGAUAUGGGGUAUACCAGUCUUGGUGGGACAUCGGAUACGCAUCCGAAUCCGAAGCUACAGGUUGAUAAGUCUGGGGCUGAUAGUGGUGGCAAUGGUCGCUAUUUACCGGCGUAUGAAUUGACGGAGGAUGGGGAGGAGAGAUUGGGCAGAGAGUGA